UACACACAUAUAUAUACCCUUCUCGAAACAAAUUUAAGACGGAAAAUUGAACUUUUAAAAUGGAUAUGGUGAUGAGAAUAGUCUCUGAGUGGCCGGUUGUGAUAUUUAGUAGGAGUUCGUGUUGUAUGUGUCACUCGGUGAAGACUCUUAUUGCGCAGCUUGGAGUAAACCCUGCAGUCUAUGACAUAGAUGAGAUCCCCAAAGGUUGGGAAAUCGAGCAAACCCUUUUGAGGCGCGGACGAAACCCUCCUGCUGUGUUCAUCGGAGGUGAAUUUGUUGGUGGAGCCAAUAGGAUUAUUAGCCUUCAUCUUGAGCAAUCUCUACAACCUAUGCUUAUAAACGCGGGAGCUCUAUUGGAAUUCGAAUGACUGGCCUGAUGCUUGUAAUAAACUCGUUUUAG